AUGUGGUGGCUGUCACGUGCCUGCUUCGUCUGCGAUGACUAUUACGUGACGCCCUCGCCCCGCACGGUCCCGCUCCCACAACUUUUGUCCUGGCCCACGUCUUCUCACCAACCGCCGCUAACGGUCAUACACACCAGCGAACCGCCGCCCCCCAUGGAUCCGCAAGAGCCCCGCCACGCGCAGUACAAGGUCCAGCUGCUCUUGCACAUCAACAGCGUGCUUCUCGCACGCGUGAACCAGCUCAGCUACAACACAGCGCAUUUCUCGCCCGAGCAACAGCAGAACAUCGUAUCGCAGUACCUGAAGCGCGUCCACGCGAACCUGCAAUGCAUCUCACAGCUCAACCAGGGCCACGCGGGCUGCAAGCCUGCGAUCCUUGAGCCGCCGCAGCUGCCGUCGCAACAGCCGUCGCAGGACAUCCUUGCCAAACUGUACCUGCUGACCAGCCGAGUGUUCGAGGUGUGGUGA